GUCAUUGUCGAUGGUCAUUAUUUCAAAACAAACUUAAUUUUACAAUUUACAUCAAUAAGAAACUAUUUAAAUUCUGCCGCUAAACACAAUGUUUUGCCCCGAAAGGAAUUCCUACCUCCAGUUGUACUGUGCGGUAAACCCCCGCGUUAUAAACAAUGCCGUGGACCACGCGUUGCAACGCAUUCACUUCAACCAUACGGAACCACCUCCUCCACUUCAGACCAAUAUCCCGGCUGCCCAGAGAAUGACGUCCAUGCAGCCAUCACUGUACGCCCCUCAUGUAGAUAUCACCAGGGCCAGAAGGGGGUUCGAAAGGAUUGGCUUGAGGGUGCUGAUGAGGCAGCUGCAUGAUCGCGACUGGUUGGUGCAGUUGCAGGCUAUACAUUCAAUUAUGGAUCAGGUCCAAAUAACAGAGAGCGCCACUUACUUAAUAGACAAGCACGUUUGCUUACGUUUAAUGGACCUCCUUCGCUUACGGAACCCAGUUGCCAGAGAAAAGGUUUGCAUCACUCUCACACACCUGGCCACCUACCACGAAGGGAGGCUGCAGAUGUUGAGAUACAAGCACAUAUUCCACGACCUCAUGUGGCUCUGGUUGAAAGACAGGAAAGAGAUCAGAUACGCCGCAGCCUACACCCUAAGAACGUUGUCUAAAGACAGAUGCACGUGUCAAGAGAUUGUUAAGACCCCUGACAUCAUUGAAAACCUUCUCAAAAUGGCGGUGAAUGAUCACGUCGGGAUUGUUCUUAUCCACUUGAAGACUUUAGAGAACCUAAUAGAAUGGGACCCAGUGGUACCGCUUAAGGCCAACGCUUUCCAAACAAUGCUAUCACUUUUCACGCAAGAAGACGACAGAAUUAAAACCGGCAGCAUGAACUGCCUCACGCAACUCCUCAAGCACGAGAUAGGAAGUCAACUGGCCGACAAGUUCGACCUGACGAUGAAACUGCUACAGCUCCUAAAGGCCGACAACAUAGAAGUGAUAAUCAGCGCAGUGGAACUUAUGCGUAUGUCGACUUUAACAACGCAAUCAAAAUGGCGAGCCAAAGAGUUCUGCAACCGGUUGACAAAGAGGUUGGUCCGUCUGUGUUCUGGACACAACAAGCCACUGCUGCAGUUAGCUUGUAUGCAGGUGCUGAUAAACCUCUGCGACUGUCCUGACAUUCGGUACCAUGUAAAGGCGCAUUGGGAGGAGACUAUAAAGGAUAUAAAGCUGAGGACACACGAGGACUGGGACGGUACAUCUGAGACUACGACGUACGGGUUAGAAACCGGUCAUUUCUACAGAACCAUGGCUAUAGAGCCGUUGGAAACUAUCAAGAAUGAGUACGGAGACAAUUGCAAGGCCAUCAAUGUGCACAGCUACUUGAUAGCUCUUCGGGAAAUGAAGGAUCGGCUUAUUGAAGCUAUUAAUCAUAAACCUUACCCGUAACUCCUCAUGAAAUAGAUGUUACGUUUUUGUUAUGGGUCUUAAGUCUGGAAGGAUUAAAAAAACUGAUUCAUUGUAUAAUUUUUUAUUACGAGAGCAUAUUAAACAUUUUGUCAGUAUUGAUUACAAUAAUUGAGCUACA